UGUGAAAGGAAGGGGGAAAAAAAAAACGAAGAAGGCGCUAGCUACUGACAAAGAACUAAAAGGGCACUAAUUUUCCUUUUUUCUUCCUUCCCUCACACUCACUCCCUUAUAUUCUCUGUCGUUUUCUUGCUUGCUUUCAGAGCUUCUUGACCUCCGUGUCGUUCGAUUCGCCGGAACCCUAACUCGAUACCUCCCCUUCCGCACGAACUCGACACUCUAGCUCUACAGUCUCUGGCUGGAGACGAAUUUUCGUCCGUCAGUACUGUACUACGGUUUCAGCUCGAUUAGGUUUUCCCUCCCUUUUACCUUUUCGAAAGGCUAAUAAUCUUGGUGGUGGGGUGGCUCUCUCCGGUGGCCCGUCUUGGUCGGAAGGUGUAGAUGAACGUACGAUUGGGGAACACUUGAGGCCUGGGAUUUCAUCGCCGGAUGGAGGGAGGUAGCCUCUCUAGACUUACUUGUUCUGCUGCUGGUACUCUUCAUUUCCCACCUUUUCUUUACUCGUAAAGUCGAAGUUUGAAGUUAGGGUAGGGGGGUCGUGCUCUUGUUAGUUUGAAGUCUGAGCUCUUUUGAAAUUGUUAUGGCUAUGAGGAGCCGGGUCAAAUUUUCAUGGUAGUUGGUGCAAAUAGUUUUGUGAUAACAGGCUUAGUGGCUGAAUGUUUCUCUAAGAGUGAACUAGGGUUUGAAGUAGUGUUUCCAUUGGUGGUUGGGAUAUGGAUUCGGCUGCUGUUGUAGUUUUUUAUUUAUUUUGUGGACGAGUAUUAGUAUUCUGGUCUUCUGUCUCGCAUUUCCUGCUACAGUGGCUGAUAUGUCCUAGUAAUCAGCAGUUCUUGGAGGAACUAAUUUACCAUCAGUGGUUUGUACGCUCGUGCAACUUUGUUGCAAGCAAUUUCUGUCUGCAACGGCUGCAUCUAGCCUCAUGAAUGCAAUUGUAAACUGUAACUUUGGACAUGUUAUGGCCUUUUCUUUUUAACCAUCAUAUAAGCUUUUAGUUAUUUUCUUCUAGUUGGUUCUUUGGAAAGCGAGGCGAACUAUUCCUGCUGCAUUUUGAUGAGCAGACAUUGGAAUAUUUUGAGACUGAUAAGGUUUAUAAGAUCUCAAUCUAGUUAAGUGGGGUGGUAGCUGAGAAGGUAGGAAAUGUCAGGGGUCAGAAUGUAUAAUUUCUGUUAAUACAUUUUCUUCUUUUGACUGAUAGGUGCACUGAUGGGGAUUAAGAAUUUCUCGUAAGCUUUAUUGAAGUGUGUUAUAAUCUCUAUUCGUGAAUCUGCAUGAUGAUGUGUGCUAUACACUUUUCUGCUAUGCUUAUGGUUGUGACUCUGUUAUGUAGUAUCUGCAGCACCUAGAACUUACUUCACUGCUUUUAUCAUGAUUAGGAAUAUACCCAUGGAUUAUGAUGACAGUGAUUUUCAAAGCCAGAAUCUUCAUUUAGCUGGUGAAGGGAGCAACAAGUUUCCUCCGGUUUUACGUCCAUAUGCUCUUCCUAAGUUUGAAUUUGAUGACAAUCUUCAUGGGCCAUUAAGAUUUGAUAAUUUAGUAGAAACAGAGGUUUUCCUUGGCAUUGAAAGCAACGAAGACAGCCAGUGGAUUGAAGAUUAUUCACGAGGAAGCACUGCAAUACAAUUCACUUCAAGUGCAGCAGAGUCUUGUUGCAUUUCACGACAGAACAAUGUUUGGUCUGAGGCCACUUCCUCAGAAUCUGUUGAGAUGUUACUAAGAUCUGUGGGACAGGAAGAAAGUGUUACCAGACAAGCUAUUGCUAAGAAGUCAAAUACCUGUGAUGAGCUGGGUUGCAUGAUUAGCCAAAUGGAACCUAGUUUGAAGCAGGAUAGUAAUUUACCAAAUAGAACUGUAGAUAUUCCAGAUGUAAAGCCAAUGCUCCCUCCUCUAGACAUUGAUGAGGGAUUGUCUGGGUCACCUGUUGACGUUCGGGGUCAGCUUCCUCUGGCCCAGGAUGUUGGUCCAGGGGGUGGGUUGCCUACAGUGGAGAGCCCGUUCAUUGACAAUAGCUGUGAUAGUGUUGGUCAAAGUGCGUUUAAUACUGUGGUCUAUGAAUCUCUAGUUAUAAGGACACAAGAAACUGUUGCUUCAGGAAUGCAAGUUGAUAUGGUGGAUACAGAAUGUGUAGUCAGGAAAGAAGACGAGAAUGCCCUGAAUCAUAUUACAAAUUCAAGUGAUGGUGUUAAAAGUAUGGUUGCAAUGGAUGCUGGUGACCCAAUAGAAGAAAGUGAUGCUUUGCGUGAAGGGGGUGUAAUUGGUCAAACCCAAGAGAUUUCAGAUGUCACUGUCAUUGAAGCUGGCGGUGAACAGUUGCAGAAUCCUGUCUGCUCCACCCCUGCGGAAUAUGAAAGUGAGGCAAAUGUACGUAGCAGUAACUUAAGCAAUGCGGAAGGAUCUUGUACCUUGAGGACAGAUGUUGGUUUCUCUGAAGACACAAAGGCUACUGAAGUUUCUAGAGGAAGUGAAAGUAUAUUGUUAGGAAGUUUGGAUGGCAGGACAACUGAGGUCAGGGAUGCAAGCAACAGUGCUCUCCAGUUGCAGGCAGGUAGCUUUGUCACAAGCUCUGAGGUACAUUUGAUAUCGGAGGAGAAUGAAACUUGUGCUGAUACAACUGAAAGAUAUGAGGUCUCCUCUGCACAUGGUAAUGAUGAUUCUGAUCUUCAUGCUGCAAAAGUUAGUGAAGGUACUCUGUCAUCCUCGGCAGCUGAAACUCCGCAAGGGCAUGAGACAGUUGUGCUGCCCGAAAAUGAUGGAGACAAUAGAUGCUCAAUAGACUCUCCUGCUCAGCAAAAUACAAGUUCAGAUCAUCCUUUUAAUGGUGUUACUGUGAACAAUGACGUUCAUGUUUCUCUCACAACUGAGAGGGAUAUUGGUUCUUUGCCUGUUGUGGGCAUAGAAGGCGAGGCUCGAGUUAUUGAAUCCUCAGUUGAUGCAGCUGGUGGCAAUGAAACAGUAGGAAGUGCUGAUCCCAGUAACAGUGAGGCCUCAUUACCAGCCAUGGAAUCUGCCAUAACAGCCGAAGAAGCUGAAAAAGAGAUCUCAAACUCAGAACUGAGGACAUCUGAAAGUGCAACUGUUGUAGAUCCUCUCGCCGAAUCAGGGAUUGUUCCUGUUGGUGCAUCUGAACAAAUGUUUAGUGUAACUACUGAUCAGUCUUUACCGACAGUUGACAACUGUACUCAUGAAGGCCAGAUUGAAUCUGAAGUAGUUCGAAUGAACGAGGAUGGUCGAGAGUGUAGAAAGGCGAUGGAAGAAUGUUCCGAGCCUCAUAUGUCCGCAAACAAGGAAAAUGAUACUUCAAUUAUUAGAGAAACCGAGGAGAAGACAUUGUUAAAUGCAGCAGAAUCAAUGGCUAAAGUUGGACUUUCAGAGAGUAAUGAUUCUAGCCAAAAUGCUACUGAAAAGGUGCACGUAGAGAACAAAGCUGUGCUAUCAGCGGGUACGAAUGACAAAUCGGAUGCAGUUGCAAGUGAGAAUGUAGAAUUUUGGACAACUUCUGCUGAUCCUGAGAAGCAGCCUGUUGCAUCGCCUACAGCACUGCCUGAUGUACAGCACCAAACAGAGGAGACUAAAAGAUCUUCACAUCCCCGCACUCCAACUUCUUCAGGCGAUGGCAACAAGUCUUCCUCUAAAAGGUCCAAGAAGGAUGUUGCCACAAAAGAUGACGGGAGCUUCACUUUCCAGGUUCCUUCUUUUACCGAGUCGCCCCAAACAGAAAAUGCCAAGAAAUUGCAGGUUGUGCAGACAGUGGGGACCAGCAAAGUAUCCAUGCCUAUCCAGGUCCCUCUAUUUACAGAAUUGCCUCAAACAGAAAGUGCUAAGAAAAUGCCGGGCGAGCAGACAGCGGACAAGAGGAAAGUACCCACGCCUAUGGAUGGGUCUCCCUCCUCAACUUCUGGUUUGGGCCAAUUAGAUGCCAAGAUUGUUCAAGAUCUCUCUCAUCAGAGUCCUAAGGUUUCUGACAUAACCGUUCGACAAAGUGCCCAAAAAGUAAAUUCUGAGCGUAAGCCAAGGCGUAGUAGGGCAACUGGUAAGGACUCUGCUAAAAGAGGAAAGACCACAAAGGCGACAGCACCUGCGAAGGUGGAACGGGGUAACAAUGCAAAUAUUCCUCCAGGUUCACCUGGUCUUGGUCAUCAAGUAUACUCCAAUGAGAUGCAGCUUUUUGGGCAUGUAGAUACCAGUGGUGUUAAACCAUUUGUUGGGGUAUCAAUGCCUGGUCUGCCAGAUUUGAAUUCUUCAGCCACUACCACAUUGUUUCAACAACCAUUCACAGAUAUGCAACAAGUUCAAUUGCGUGCUCAAAUCAUCGUAUAUGGAGAUUUGAUUAAAGGAACAGCUCCAGAGGAGGCAUAUAUGAUAUCUGCAUUUGGAGGAGCUGAUGGUGGUAAGAUGGCUUGGGAGAAAAACUGGCGCUUGUGUGUUGAAAGAUUUAAUGCUCAAAGAUCUCAUCUCAGCACUCCUGAGACCCCUGUGCAGUCUUACUCUGGUGUGAGAGCUCCUGAACAAACUAGUAAACAAAGCACACCUAAAGGCAAGGCCACUGGUGGUAGAUCCAGCAGUAAAGCAACUGCCUCAGCAAUUACAAGCCCAAUGCUACCUCUUUCAUCACCACUUUGGAAUGUGGCAACUCCUUCCAUGGAUCACUUGCAAUCAAGUAGCAUAGCAAGGGGUCCUAUUCUGGAAUUCCAGAGGGCACUUUCUCCAUUGCAUCCUCAUCAGACCCCAUCCAUGAGUAAUCUGGUAGCACAUAGCGCUCCUUGGGUCUCUCAGGGUCCGUUCGGUGCCUGGAUCACUUCUCCUCAAACAUCUGCAGUCGAGACUGGUAGUCGUUUCCCUGUACAGAUGCCUCAUAUCGAGCCGGUUCACUUGACUCCUGUAAAAGAUUCAUCAGUGUCCCAUACCUCUGCGGUAAAGCAUGUUUCUACUGUAGCAUCUCCCACUGAUCCUUUUGGUAAUGUGUUUCCUAAUUCUUCCAUUCCUGAUGUUGGUAAGGCAAUAACGUCAAGUCAGCAGUCUACUGCUCCAAAGCCUAGAAGAAGGAAGAAGCCUUCGGCGCUUGAGGACAAUGUGGAUAGAGGUUUACAUCACGAACCUCCAAGACAACUAAUUACUGCUGCAGCAGUUUCCUGUCAUCUAUCCACAUCUGUUUCUAUCAUAACCCCAGUUGACUCUGUGUCUAAAGCUCCUGCCGAAGUGGUCGCUGCAUUUCCAUCCCCUUUGACUACCAAUUUUAGAAAAGAAAACCCUAUAGUGGAGCAAAGGGCUAAUUCUUCAGAUGAGGCCCUUGGUAAAGUGAAAGAGGCUAGAGCGCAUGCAGAGGAUGCUGCUGCCUUUGCUGCUACUGCUGUUAGUCAAAGCCAACUAGUAUGGAGUAAAUUAGAUAAGCAAAGAGAUGCAGGCUUGUCACCUGAUGUCGAAGCAAAGCUGGCUUCUGCAGCUGUUGCAAUAGCUGCUGCUGCGGCUGUUGCCAAAGCUGCAGCUGCGGCUGCUAACGUUGCAGCAAAUGCCGCGCUGCAAGCUAGGCUAAUGGCAGAUGAAGCUGCUGCCUCUGGGGCUUAUAAUGGUCAGAGCUCUUUGAUCUCAUUCUCUAAUGACAUGGGAAAUGCAACUCCAGCAUCCAUAUUGAAGCGUGACAAUGGAAUGUGUAGCUCCAGUUCAAUUAUUUUUGCUGCAAGGGAGACUGCUAGAAAGAGGGUUGAAGCUGCAUCUGCUGCAUCAAAACGGGCUGAGAAUAUGGAUGCCAUUAUCAGAGCUGCAGAGUUGGCUGCGGAAGCUGUUUCUCAGGCUGGCAAAAUCAUAGAUAUGGGUGAUCCUUCGCCCUUGAGCGAGUUAGUAGCAGCAGGCCCCGAGGGUUUCUGGAAAGUUCCUGAAGUUUCUCCUCAACUUGUUUCUAAAUCAAAUGAGGUCUGUGCUGGAAAUUUGAGUGGUGAUGGUGGUGGAGCAAUUUGCGAUGCUUCUAUUAGCCAUGAGAAAUCAUCAAUUGCUCCGGGAGAGAUGUCUAGUGACGACCAUGUACACUCACAUGUUGCUACUGGUGUUAAGGGUGCCAAGGGACUCCAAUCUCCCAAACCUUCUGAGACCGCUAGAACCUUGGAAGUGGUUUUGGAAGAUGGAAGUAGAUCUAAAUCUCCUACCAAUACUGAAAUUGAACAAGUAGAAGCAGUUGGGACUUCAGAAGGAACUGGCAUCAGAGAGGGGUCUUCUGUAGAGAUCUUGAGGGAUGGUGAUAGGUUUAAAGCUGCCUGGUUCGUAGCAAAAGUUUUAAACUUCGGGGAUGGAAUGGCUUAUGUGAGUUAUAACGAUCUUACAUUAGGGGAAGGGUCAGAGAAACUGAAGGAGUGGGUAGCCAUUGGUGGUGAAGGAGCCGAGGCACCAAAAAUACGCAUCUCUCGUCCUCUUACCACCAUGUCAUUUGAAGGAACUAAAAAGAGGCGUAGAGCUGCCAUAAAUGACUAUAACUGGUCAGUUGGUGACAGAGUGGAUGCAUGGAUGCAAGAAAGUUGGUGGGAAGGGGUUGUCACGGAAAAGAAGAAAGAUGACAAUACAUUAACGGUUUAUUUCCCAGUGCAAGGAGAAACAGCAGUACUACGAGCAUGGCAUCUUCGGCCUUCUCUUCUAUGGACUGAUGGGCAGUGGAUCGAAUGCUCCAAUUCAAGAGAGAAGAAUGUGCCUUCCCAUCUGGGAGAUACGCCGCAAGAGAAACGACCAAGAAUAUGGAGCCCUGCAGUAGAAUCAAAAGACAUGGACAAAGUACCCGAGAAUGCAAACAUCAACAAAGAGUCUGCUAAACUUGCUGAGCCGACAUUACUGGAUUUGGCAUCUGAACAAAAGAUAUUCAACAUGGGCAAGAGCACUGGAGAUGCUAGUAGAAUGGCUCGAACCGGUUUGCAGGCCAAAGGAUCAAAGGUCUUGUUUGGUGUCCCAAAGCCAGGAAAGAAAAGGAAGUUCAUGGAAGUGAGCAAGCAUUAUGUUGGAGGAUCACGUGGUGGUAAAAUGGCAGACGAAACUAAUGAUCCAUCAUCAAAAUUUCCCCGAUGGAGAGGUGGUACUACUUCGAGAACUGACACCGCCGAGAAAAGAUCGGUCAUGCCCAAGCCCAGGGUUCCGAAGCUGCCUGGGAAAACGAGCAGUCAUCCCCAAGCCCAAGGUUCUGCUACCUCUGGUUAUGCUACUGUAGCUGCAUUUACAGAUCCCAAUGCAAAGACAAAGAAUUCUACGGCGAGCAGAGAAGGUUCGAGUGGGGCUGUAAAACAGAGUUCCAUUGAUUUCCGAGCCUUUUCUAGCUCCGAGGAGACGCCGAGGGCUCCGGUCGUGUUUUCUUCUAUUCGACAACCGGGUCCUGUUGCAACUAAGAAACCGUCAACAGUAAAUGCGAGAGGUGAAAGGGGAAGUAAAGGUAAAUUUGGCAUAGGUGUGGGUAAGUUGGGCAAAGUGGAGGAGAGAAAAGCUUUGGCCAGUGCUAGUUUAGGAGAUGAAACCUCUGGCGCUGAGGCUCCUCGUAGGUCCAACCGACGAAUUCAGCCAACAUCAAGACUGCUGGAAGGGCUGCAAAGCUCGCUGAUGGUCUCGAAAAUACCAUCUGUGUCACAUGAUAAGAGCCACAAAAGUAGGCCUGCUGCCAGAGGGAAUAACAAUGGUUGAAACCUCUCUUGCUAUGGAAUAGGUGGAAAUAAAGCCGCAGUUGGCGACUCUACUUGCGGAACAUGGAGACUCAGCUGAAGCAUAAAGGAGGGGGAGUUGGAAAUGAAUAGAAAUUUGUAGCCUGUUGUGUAUACUCUAUAUAUGAUUAGGAAGGAAGAAAGGUUGUAAGGUAGA